AUGGAGGAAGAAGAUUUGACGAAAGAAGAACAGCUCAGAACGCUACAGAACUAUGAUGAAAGUGGUUUAAGGACACCGCCCCCUAGAUUAGAAUUACUGACAAGCCCUAUGACACCACAAAUUCCUCGGGAGAGCACGUAUGACGCUGAGAUGUAUCGGAUCCUAGUGAACUGGCUUAGGAAGAUUCACGGUUACGAAAUUACCAGCCAGUGGCACCUCGAACAAGUCUGUGAAGAUGGUGAUUACCAUCAUUUUUAUUGCGACUUGACGAUAAAGAAAAGUGAUGACCAUAACCCUUUAGCCGUUCUUGAACUCUUAGCAACAGGAUCUAUCCCGAAACUUAAGAAUCAUUUUGAGCAAGUAUUUACAUAUGCUGAUCAACUUUGCCCUCAGGAAGUUUGGGUCGUGCAUUUUUCUAGAGAGGAUUCUGUUGUGGUAGAUCCAUACUGGCCUUCUGAUAAGUUGCAGGGAAAGGGAUUGAAUGUUAUACACUUCUGGCACGAUAAGGAGUUCAAAAAUGUUCGAAUGAGUGCCACUGGCAAGUAUUGCGAAUAA